UUGUAGCCAUUCAGCAGCCUGGCGCCGCAGAGAGCGCAUUGAGCCAGAGCCUGCAGAGCGUCGAUUCACACCGCAGACAGAGGGGGAACAGGCGGCAUCCACUGGCAGAAACAGUCGGACAUAUCCCGCAUGGUUCACGUCCAGAGACCCCCCCUUUCCCGUUACCCUGCCUUUCCACUCUGAAUCUACAAAAGGAAGAUAAGAGGUGGAAGAGCACUCGCUUGGAGCCGUGGAGUUAUAUAAGAGCAGAGGAAGCGUCAGCCUCGUCGCAGGGCCGUUGUGACUCAUUGAUAAAUAACACAGACUCUCUCCGACCAGAUGCAUGAAUGAACGCCAGUGUAGGCAACCCGCAGUCGGGAAAUCUGUGAAGGGGACCGGUGUGUUUAGUGAUCCGGACGCUGAAAGACAUUUGGAGUGAGAAUUUAUUUGUCUGAUUUUGUAUUUUUUUUCCUUCUUUUCUCUUUUAUUUUUUAUUUUUUUACACCUUUGCCCUCAGUUGCUUGUGUUGCCGAGGGCCCACCGAGCAGCGGAGCGGACUGAAAAAGAAAUCCCGUACAGAUUAUUCGCUCGCUUGCCUCCUUGCCGCUGCAGCCAGGAAGCUCCCCGCUUUCUCAAAGACAUUUUUACUCCUGCUUAUAAAUGCUUGACAAGCUCAAGCCCGUCGUCCAGCUCGACUCGGUAAUGGCGAUUAGCAAGACGGUAGGCUGGCUCCGGGAGCAGCUGGAGACGCGCAGGGACGGGCUGCUUGUGAUGGACUGCCGGGCCCAGGAGCUCUACGAGUCGUCGCAUGUCGAGACGGCCAUCAACGUGGCCAUACCGAGCCUCAUGCUCCGCCGGCUCAAGAAGGGCAACCUGCCCGUGCGGUCGCUGCUCUCGGACGGAGAGGACCGCGAGAGGUUCGUGCGGCGGUGCAAGACGGACACCAUCGUGCUGUACGACGAGUACAGCCGGGAGUGGAACGAGAAUGUGGACGGGGGCUCGGUGUUGGGUUUACUGCUGAGGAGGAUGAAGGACGAAGGCUACAAGGCCUAUUAUCUGGAGGGUGGCUUCAGUAAAUUUCAGGCGGAGCACCCCGCUCUGUGCGAAACCAACCUGGACGGCUCCCCCAACAGCAGCUCCCCUACGGCCCAGGUGCUGGGCCUCGGCGGGCUGCGGAUCAGCUCCGACUCCUCAGACAUUGAGUCAGACAUAGACCGGGACCCAAGCAGCGCCACGGACUCCGAUGGCAGCCCGCUGUCCAACCCGCAGCCCUCCUUCCCGGUGGAGAUCCUGCCGCACCUCUACCUGGGUUGCGCCAAGGACUCCACCAACCUGGACGUGCUGGAGGAGUACGGCAUCAAGUACAUCCUCAACGUUACUCCCAACCUGCCCAACCUCUUUGAGAACGCAGGGGAGUUUAAGUACAAGCAGAUCCCCAUCUCGGAUCACUGGAGCCAGAAUCUCUCCCAGUUCUUCCCCGAGGCCAUCAGCUUCAUCGAUGAAGCUCGAGGCCAGAAGUGUGGCGUCCUGGUCCACUGCCUGGCCGGCAUCAGCCGCUCAGUGACAGUGACGGUGGCUUACCUGAUGCAGAAGCUCAACCUGUCCAUGAACGACGCCUACGACAUUGUCAAGAUGAAAAAGUCCAACAUCUCACCCAACUUCAACUUCAUGGGCCAGCUCCUGGACUUUGAGCGCACACUGGGCCUGAAAAGCCCGUGCGACAACCGCAUGGCCGCACCGAGCCAGCAGCUCUACUUCACCACCCCGACCAACCACAACGUCUUCCAGCUGGACCCCCUGGAGUCCACGUGAGGGCCGGUGUCACCACCCCUCUCCUUGCUGGAGGUUAUGUGGGCCUCCUGUUGGAAAAGCUGCAAAAAGUUUCUCUUUUUUCUGUCGUCUGCUGUGCGACUGGGCUCUUGACGUUAUUGAUACAGCUGGUUUGAGGCGACAGCUGCUGAGCGUGGUUACUGGAGGGCCAAAGCUGUCUGGCCAAGACGCAGCUGCUGUUGACUAAAUGAGGAGAGACAGUAAAAGAGACAGAGACAGAAAAGAGGAAGAGAGUCAUUUAAAGAGUGCAGAUACUUUCUACAAUCCUAUAUCGCUGUUGGACUCCUGAGGUCUUUUAUCUCUUUUGUCAUCGUGUCUGAGGAAACUUAAAGUGAUUUGUCGGACAGCUGUACGUUAUGCUUCAAAGUUCCUAGGCUGGUGUGCCAAAGAUACAUGAUUGUUCAAACCGGACAGAUCUGAAAAUGAAAGUCUUUUUUUUUACGUUUGUUUUGGGGUCCAGCACUGGUUCCCCCAAGAUCCCGGGUGCGUUGUCUCCUUUGUCUUCUGUGAAGACUUGCCUGUGUGGGGCUGAAGCACCCCAGCUUUAGAUGGCACACUAUAUACUGGACUCGAUUUUACAUUUGUGGAGUCUUUUCAAACAUUUAUACAUUGUGUAUAUAUCUUAAUAUAAAUACAAUACAGUAAAAGCCUUGCUCUAGUAUAUACCCUUUGCAACAAGUGGGUACUGAAGAUUCUCUUUGUUUCAUAUUCUACUUUUAUGUAAGCAAACAAACUGCAUAUUGAUCAGUAUGUUUAAGUUUAUUAUGCCAAAAAUCAAGUAGGCUUUCCAAGAAUUGUGGAAAAAUGUGUACAUGUGUAAUAUAUUUGAUAAUCGCUUUACGUGCGGAUUCAGCCGACCGGCCUUGUUUUUGCACCCACCCUCUCACAAAUCAAAGUCACCUUGGUUGUUUGCCUUACUUUUGUACUCAGAAGGUUUUCAAUGCAUUAGCCUUCAGAGAAAUUCACCAAUUUUCUCAACUCCACAGCAUCCCAGAGAUUUUUUUUUAAAUUUCACACAAAAAUGAAACCAAACCUUAGGCAAAUUUAAAUAGCAGCAGUUUUUAAUUUGGCAGCACAUGAAAGAUAGCUGAAGUAGUCAGAAUGGCGAGCUGUGUUGUCUGGAUCUCUGAAGGUUAAUGUGAGUAAUCCUGAUCUGUGCACAAGGGUUAAAAGUCUCUGACGUGUGGACAAAGCAGGAGGCUUUUGCUUGCCUCGCCUCUUCAGGGAAAACUCUGUGAAAUGCAGUUUUUAUUUGUCAAGAUGAGAGAAAAAAGAAUCCAGAGCUUCGGAGGGUUGUGUUGCCCCCUCCAGAGAGAAGGCCUCUUUCCGGAGGAAGCCAUCUUGGCGACCUCUGCCACCCCCUCUCCACACUCCUCUCUUACGAAUGUAAAGAAAAGAUAAGUUAUUAAUAAAUUGCUAUUUUGUCUACA